AUGAGUGUGAAUUCGACGACAGCAAGCCUGCAGCAUCAUGCUGACCAUCAUGGGCCUGCGACCGGUCUUUCAUGGGGUCAAAUUUCCAUCGUCGCCUUCAUCUGCUAUGUCACCCUUUGCUCGUACCUUCGUUUCCAUCGCAUCAACCAGAUUCGCCAACGAUUUCCCUACCCAGACCGUGCGUCUCUGGCAAAUAUGACAAAUGAGGAUGCUCAGAUUAUUGUGCAAAAUACCAGUUCCUAUGAGUUUCCCUACUUUUACGACCUCUCCCAGCGAUAUGCGCUGUUCAGAACUUAUGCCGUGGAAAAUAUAGCAAAACUGCUUGUUUCGGUGAGUGAUUUGAACAGGCCUGAUCACGCUGCAAAACGAUACGAGGAUACCGAAAUCAUAUUUGUCUGCUUCGCAAACUAUGCUCCCACUUCCUCAAUGCUCCGCAAGGCAGUGGCACGGAUGAAUUACCUGCACGCCCCAUACAUUAAGUCCGGAAGGAUCCUUAAUAAAGACCUCCUUUACGUCCUUUACACUGCUAUGUCUGAGCCUGAAAGAUUUAUGCGUUUGUACGAAUGGAGACCUCUUCUGGAGAUGGAAGUCGCCGCAGUGGCGCAAGUUUGGAAAUAUGUAGGCGACUUGAUGGAGAUUGACUACGAAGCGGAACUCGGUAAGAGCCAGUGGAAAGAUGGGAUUGAGUUUCUGGAAGACGUUACGCACUGGGCACUCAAAUACGAAGACGAAUACAUGCGGCCCAUGGACGAAGUAGAGCAACUUGGAGCCGUGUUGAUGGACUUGCUGCUAUCAGCUUACCCUAAAGCUCUGCGGCCGCUGGGAUAUCAGAUCGUGAUGGUAUUGAUGGGCGCAAAAAUGCGCUACGCUUUCCGAUUUCCUGAACCCAGCGUCGCUGUAUCCGCCCUGACUUACACGCUACUGCUCCUACGCAAACUAUUCCUUCGAUAUCUCGCAUUGCCGAGAUUCUCACCCGCCUCGUUUGUCACUGAACCGGACGCCAAAACAGGACGCAUGUACCACAAUCAUUAUCUAAAAGAGCCGUGGUAUACACCCGCCACGUUUUGGUGGCGAUGGGGACCUACCGCUUGGGCUACGUGGAUGACGGGCGGCAUAGUUCCAGGCGACAGCGCUGAAUUAAAGCCCGAGGGCUUUUUGUGGCAGGAUAUUGGGCCCCGGAAUAAGAUGAGUAAAGGCGUUGAAGAGGCAGCGACACUGGAAGAAGCUGUUCGCCAGCGAGCGACUGGGAAAUGUCCUUUUGCUGUGCCAUCAAAGUCUUGA